AUGUUGUUUUCAGGCCUUUCCUGCUUCGCUCUUUACUUGUUUGCUUCUUCAACCAUCGCUGCUCCCCAUGAGAAGCGCGAAGGUCUUGACAAACGCCAAAGUUGUACUAACUCUGCGACCGAUAGGAGCUGUUGGGGAGAUUAUGAUCUAUCAACCAAUUGGUAUGAUACAGUCCCUGAUACGGGAGUUAUACGCGAGUAUUGGUUGGAACUUGUGAAUACUACCCUUGCUCCAGAUGGUGUGGAAAGAGUUGUCUUGACGGUCAAUGGCACAUUGCCGGGUCCAACAAUUGAAGCCGACUGGGGCGAUACAGUUGUUGUCCACGUGACGAAUGGUCUCACCAAUAAUGGGACUACUAUCCACUUCCACGGUAUUCGUCAGAAUAACACAAUUCAGAAUGACGGGGUCGCAUCGGUCACACAGUGUCCUGUUGCACCCGGCGAUAGCUAUACCUAUACUUGGAGAGCAACGCAAUAUGGAUAUUCAUGGUAUCACAGUCAUUACUCUCUUCAAGCUUGGGACGGUGUUUUUGGUGCUAUACACAUCAACGGCCCCACAUCAGCAAACUACGACGUUGAUCUUGGAAAUCUUUUCAUUCAAGAUUGGUCACACACUACUGCAUCUUCGCUUUUCGAGUACGACGAGACUGUUGGGCCACCUACACUGACCACUGGCCUGAUCAAUGGUACCAACAUGUACGGCACUCUUGGCUCUUAUUACGAGCAGACCUUUGUUUCGGAUACUAGCUAUAAAUUUGGCAUUGUCAAUGUGGCCAUUGAUACCUUCUUCAAGUUUUCCAUCGAUAAUCAUACAAUGACAGUGGUCGCCAUGGACUUUGUUCCCAUUGAGCCAUUCGAAACCACAAUCUUGAGCAUGGGAAUUGCUCAACGAUACGAUGUUAUCAUCAAUGCUACGGAGCCGGUCGGCAACUACUGGAUGCGAGCUAUUCCACAGGUCACAUGUAGUAGCAAUGACAACGUGGAUGGUAUCCUCGGAAUCAUUCGGUACGAUUCAACUAGCACAGCGGACCCAACCACGACCGGAUACACGUAUACAGAUUCCUGUGAUGAUAUACCUCUCGCAUCUCUAGUGCCUUAUCUACCCCUCGAUGUCGGCGAUGCAGACAUUACGGAAGACUUAGAUAUUACCGUUGCCGAGAGCGCUUCAGGUAUCAUCUAUUGGUAUGUUUCCAAUAGCACUUUUGAUCUUGACUGGUCCGAUCCAACCUUGAUGCAAGUCUACGAUAACGCUACAACAUUUGGUGUCUCGGAAAAUGUGUAUGAAGUCGCAGCUCAGGGGCAAUGGACAUACGUUAUCUUGGAGCAGACUUCGGGAGCUGCUCAUCCCAUACAUCUUCAUGGCCAUGAUUUUUAUGUUCUCGCUUCAGGAGUAGGAACCUAUGCUAGUGCAGCACCAACACUCAUCACGACGAAUCCUCCUCGACGAGAUGUGACAAUGCUUCCGCCUGAGGGAUACUUGGUCAUCGCUUUCCUAGCCGAUAAUCCUGGGACAUGGCUGAUGCAUUGCCACAUUGGAUGGCACCAGAGUCUCGGUCUUGACCUACAAUUCGUUGCACAACGUUCGCAGAUUGAUGCUUUGGUUGAUGGAGCUGUGCUGAACGAUACUUGCGGUGGCUGGGAUGCUUACUUGACUUUGACAGACCUGAGACAAGAUGACGAUGGAGUGUAG